GGCUACCAGUAGGGAAGGAUCUCCUCUGGAGAUUGCCUCUAUUGGUGUUUUGUUGUGAGCUCAGCAUAAGGGCUCUAGGCAGUCUUCAUGGGGAUUCACCAUCCUUGGAUGCAGCCAUGAGAGGCCCAGCUCUCUCAAUAGACCCACACAGCAAGCAUCUUACAAGAACCCACAAACAUGGUAGCACCACAAGGUAUCGUCCCUCUCAUCAGAGCUACCAUUUGACAAUAUCUUAUGCUUGGAUUGGACAAAAUGUCCAAAACAUCAUUACUGCUUGCUGUGUAUCUUCACUGACAUUUUUUUAUUUGAAGUCAUUAAUGAUUAACGGAGGUGCUCUGGUGGAUCUUGUUCAAUGAAGAGAACACUGGAGCAGACAAAGUGAAUGCAGCAGGGUCCUCUUGUAGCACUGAAGGGGUAAAAGGAAAAUGAAACCCACCUUCUCCUUGUGUUUUCUGCUGGCUGGUUUAUAUUCUGUUGUCCAAUGUCAUCAGCAUCCUCGCUACCUCAAUAAACAGGACGAUUCUAAAGGAGCACAUUACCCAGGUAGCAGUUCUCACGGGGAAGGAGUUUUUCCAAAUAAAAACAAAACUUUUGUCAAAGUAGUUCACAGCAAUGCUGAUUUUGCAUUUUCAUUUUACAAGCUGGUUGCAUCCGAAGCAACUGAUCAAAAUAUUUUCUUUUCACCCAUAAGCAUUUCUGCUUCCCUUGCAAUGCUGGCACUGGGUGCCAAGUCAGCGACACUAACACAGAUUCUGGAAGGGCUUGCCUUUAACCUGAAAAAGACUCAGGAUCAAGAAAUACAUGAAGGUUUUUGCCAGCUCCUCCAUAUGCUGAACCGUUCAGAUAGUGAUCUUCAUCUAAGCCUGGGCAAUGCCCUUUUUAUAGAAGAGACACUGAAACCACUACAGAAGUUCUUGGAUGAUGCCAAAAGCUUUUACCAGUCUGAAGUCCUUUCUGCUGACUUUAACAACUCCUCUGGUGCUGAGAUCCAGAUCAACAGUUAUAUUGAAGAAAAGACAAAUAAGAAAAUUGUUAAACUAGUAGAAAAUCUUGAUCCUCUCACAGCAAUGGUUCUUGUUAACUAUGUCUUCUUUAAAGCUCAUUGGCAGAAACCCUUCAGUGAUUCAUACACAAAAAAAGAAGAUUUUUUUGUGGAUAAGAAAACAUCUGUGAAAGUUGACAUGAUGUAUCGGAAAGGUUACUACAGAAAUUACUUUGAUGAAGAGCUGUCCUGUUGGCUGGUUCAGAUUCCUUACAAUGGAAAUGCUGCAGCAUUGUUUGUUUUACCUGAUGAAGGGAAGAUGAAACAGGUGGAAGAUGCUUUUUUGAAAAGAACUGUGGCGAAAUGGGAAAAGCUCCUCCAAGAUAGAAAAAUACACCUACAUAUUCCAAAACUUUCUAUUUCUGGUACCUAUGAUGUGAAAAAGAUAGUCAGAGAAGUGGGUAUAAUUGAUCUAUUCACUGAACAAGCUGAUCUGUCAGGAAUUACAGAGGAUCCUGGACUGAUGGUUUCAAAAGUGAUCCACAGAGCUGUGUUAAAUGUUCAUGAGAAUGGCACUGAAGCAGCAGGAGUCACAGUGAAGGAGAUUACAUGGAGAUCUGGUGAUUUUUCUCGUCCUCCUCGAGUCAGAUUCAACAGGCCCUUUCUCCUGAUGAUUUUGGAUAAAUAUGCUCAUACCAUCCUCUUCAUUGGGAAAAUUGUAAAUCCUCUGAAAAAAUAACUGAUUGCCCAGAGGACAGGUACUUCUGCACAUGGCUACCUAAGAUCCUGUGAUCCAGUAAUAACUGUGUACACUACUGUGUACUGGUGUCUUUCAACUGUUGUUAUUAUACACAUUUCUAACCCCCAAAAAGCAAGAACUACUUUUUCUUGCCCAAAUGACACAGAUUUCCCCUCUGGUCUACAACUGUAUGUAACUUGUAUUGUUAACAAAGUAUGAGUCGCUCUUUAGCUGUUCUGUAAUAAUGCCUUUCAGACGCUCUCCAGUAUAUGUGGUGAUCUGUAGCCUCUUUCAUGAAUGAUGUAGUUUUUACUUUACACCCACGGUGUGUGCAGGGGAGGCUGGGAGAAGAGAAAUGGGGGGAAAAAAGACGGAAGGUGUAUGUCCUGUCUAUUUAAUCCACUGACCUUUGAUGUAAAAUGCAGAGUGUUUUAAUAUUGAAGUAACUUUUCAUUUUUUUUCUUUGUUGUUUUUGUUUGUUUCCUUUGUUGGUUAUUUGGCUGGCUUGGUUUUUGUUUUUAUUAGAAUGAAGUUAUUUUUACAUCACCACAGACAACAACAUUGGAAUACACAAUAAUGUAAAAGGUUGACCAUUACGAUUGAUUUAGCUGUUGUCUUCUCCUGUGGAAGUCCUAUUCAUGCAGGCAAUUAAGUUGCUCUUCAUUGAGCUGAGGUAUUGAUAAUGUACUGAGAUAAAAUAAAUGGUGGAAUAUUUCA